AUGACCUCCGGCGGUCCAUCUCUGUUUCUUCUCAGCCUCUUGCUGCUCGUGCUUGUCUGCAAGGACGCGGAAGCAGCAACAUGCUUGUGCUGGAACUCAAGGGUAAGCCUCGCACAAGGCCGGUGGGUCGCUGAGGGUUCUGCCACCCUCUGGUGCGUCGCUGUCUGCGGAGGGCACGGCAAACACGCGCGUCCUGCUAGCAACUCUUCUCUCCGCGGAGUGUGCGGGGACUCGCUGCCAUGUGUAGGUCCUGCAGCUUGCGAGCUCGAGACUGAGAGGCUCUCAGGCUACACCAUCGGAGAGGAACAGAGCUGCAAGUCGAACCCUCACUGCGCAUGGAGGAACAACAAUGACUCCUGCAGCUGCACCUUCAUCGGCUGUCAGUGCGGCAGCCCCGCGGCGAACGCGACGAGCUCGAGCUCUUUCUCGCAGCAGACGAUGCUCUUCGUCUCCCUCCCCAUCGUCUUUGGCGUCAGUUGCCUCUGCUGCUCGCUGUGCGCGUACGCGUGCCGGUCGAGGAUCUACAAGUUGAGCGACGUGGCACUGCCGCGAGUGUUCACGAGGAUGAUGGCAGAGAAGAGUGAGGAGGAGGGAGCUGAGAGCGCUGGGAGGGAGGAGGAGGAGGAGGAGGAGGCUCAAGGUAAGCAGCUCAAAGAAGCUCCGCGAGGGGAAUGGUUAGUCAAGGUUUUGGUCGAGAAAGCAUUCAACCUCCCCUGCUCCGACGGGGCCUACCGGGACAGCAAGUUCUUAGGUUCCUCCGACGCCUAUGUAGACGAAGGUGGUGAAGGGAACGCUGGACCCGUCGGUGAGGUCUUGCUCUGA